AUGGUAAGGAAGUCGAAUGUAGGAUUUGUAUCAUACUUUGUAUUGCUUACGUUUGUUGUGAUAUAUAAUACAUUUUAAUCGCGUCUUACAUUAUUUAUCUAUCUUAUAACAUACUAUAUACAUAUACCUUUAUUAUAACAUUAUCUACAUAUACCUUUAGAUGAAUCGCUAUUGGUUUGAGCCAGAAGCCUUUAAUAGACUGUACAAUUGUACUCGCUAUACACCAGAAGAAUGGCAUCGGUUUGGAGUGCCGGACAAGGUUAUUGGUGCUGUAUAUUGUUGCAUUGGCUUGAUGUAUGAAGUACUGUACUUUCCUUGUUUGUAUACGAUGGCUGGGAAGAAGUUCAUACGAUUGUCGUGCUAUAAAAUCAUGUUUUAUUUAGGUAAGGAGCUAUCUCUUGAGGGGCAUUUUGGGUUUGGAGUAAAAAAUAUUUUAAAAUUGGAAAAACGUUGAGAAGGAAAGACAUUUUUGUAGAAUACGACCAUGACAACUAUUGAUAUUUAAAUGUUCAGAAAUAUAUUAUAUUGUAGAAGCCAUAGUUUAGCAUUUCUGACAAAUCAACAUAAGUUUGAGCAAAAAAAUGUCUUGAAAAGAUAAAAUGAAGAUAACAUGCUCCUUUUAGGCAUAAUAGACGUAGCUUGCAUAUUCAUUAACUCUAUAAUGGAUGGCUUCUUUGCAUGGCAUGGUAAUGUCUACUGUGACUACCCUGACAUUAUGUACAUCAGUGGUGCUAUUUCUACAGGUAAACUACGUUUAUCCAAUCUUAUUCAAAAAUAAAUUUUUUUAAAUUGUAAUUAAAAAAAUGAAAAGAUGUUACAGUAUACUGUAAAAAAAGUACUUUAGCUAACAAAAUAAUUUAUAAAAUUAAAAAUUUUGAAGUGCUAAAAGAUUAAAACUAAAUUUUAGGCCUAUGGUGCUCAGCCUGCAUGGCCUGUAUGAUGCUGGCUUUGAACAGAGUGUGUGACCUUUUAAAACCUCAAUGGAUGGAACAUCUCUUCGGUGGUAGCAGAGCGUACUACUGGCUGUUAGCACCAUCUUUGUACGGACUUUACUUCAUCAUCUUCACCCCGCCACUUAUAUUCUCUUCCAUAUACGAUGGCGCUUUCUUUGAUCCAUACGUUGGAACACCUGCUACUGAUAAGGAAAUUGUAAGCUUGGCUUUUUGUUUAGGCUUUUAGCAGCUUUUGAAGUUAAAAUAGCGUUUUUGAAGUUUUGGUAUGAUUUUAAAAUUCAAAAACUGUAAAGACUACUGUAAAAUUACAGUAAAAAUAAUUUUCAAAAUUUCAAUUUUGGAGUUUUAAAUUUAGAUUUUUUACGUCACUUUUUUUACGUUACGUCAAGUAUUUACUUAUCUACAUUGAGUAUAAUAGUUGAGCACAAUUGAUAAGUAUUGUCGAGUGUUCAAAUUUAAUUGCACGAUUUGUGUUGCAAUUGUUGUAACAAAAACUCAGUAAUGUAAAAAUUGUAUUUUUGAUUUUUAAAUUUUGAAAACAAGGAAAAAGUCAAUUAUAUUGAUAACAGACAUUAGAGUUUGAAAGCUCAAUUUUGUAAAAUAAAAAAAAUGUUUAAAUUUAAGCGUUACGCAUACAUUAGCUCAUUACAUUUUACUUUUUAUACGCUUCAAGAUAAAGAGAUUUGGCUAAUUUACCGGUCAAGUUUGAUAUUUUCAAUAAAUAAAAUUUUUAACUUUUCAGUACACAAGCUGGCCUCACACAAUAAACAAUAUGGUAGUUAUCGCCGUAUUAGUCACAGCUUACUCGUGUGUCUGUGUUGUUGUCAUAAUGAAGAGUCGGUUUUUGAACUCAAGUUCAUCUUCUGGCAAUACUAUGAGUGGAAUGCAAAAGACUGUAAGUUAGUACUGAUCUUUGACAAAUUUAUAAAAAAAAAAUUUUAUGAAUUUUUAAAAUUUUUUAUAAAUUAUAUAAAAAUUUACAAAACUUUUUAAAUUGGAGCAAAAUACGACAAUGGUUUUAACUAAUCUUUCAAAAAAUUGAUUUACAGAUUGUUGCUCAAGCUACUAUGAUAUGCAUGUUGAUUUUGAUUGCGGCUACAGUAUACGUUAGAAUGCAGUUUAUAGAAACGGCCGGAUACAUGGUGGUGGUUGGCCAAAUUACAUGGCAGUCUAGUCACGGUACGUUGAAAAUUUAAAAAAAAAUUUUAUUUUUAAAACAUUUUGAUUUAAUGGUAAAGUUUAUUAUGAUUAUUUUCUAAUCUAAUUUUUAUUGAAGCAUUAAAGCCUUAAGCAUAACCUUUAAUAUUACUAAUAUAUGUCGUAUAUAUAAUAUAUAAUGUAUAUUAAAAUUGCAGGUGGAGCAGUGUUUAUAUACCUGUUCUUGAACAAGAGUAUGCGUUCCGAAAUUCGACGACAGUUUUGUUGUUCUCAGCCACAUCAGGUAUCAUCUACAACAAACCUGAAACAAAAGCAUACCAACACACAUACGAACAUCUCUAGCAAUCGUGAUAGUCACGGUGAAAUCAUGUACUAA